AUGGCCACAUAUUCUGACAAAACGUUCAAUGCCAGCCACUACGAGAGUGCUAGGCCCUCCUACCCUCAAUCUCUCUACGAUGAAUUAAUCAAAUAUCACGGUGACCAGGCUAAGGAGUUAGCCAUAGAUAUUGGAUGCGGCUCAGGCUUCGUUGCUUUCAAGCUUACUGACUAUUUCACUGAGGUCAUUGGUACUGACCCUUCAACGGUGAUGAUACAACAAUGCCAACAAGAUGCACGGGCAGGAAAGGGAAUAACGUUUAAGGAGGGCACUGGGGAAAGCCUCCCAGUGCAAUCCUCCGUUGCUGACAUGAUCACUGGCGCUGAAUGCUGUCAUUGGGUAGACCACAAUAGAUUCUUCAAGGAAGCCGCAAGAGUACUCAAACCUCACGGAACGCUUGCCUACUGGUUCUACAAGGAUCCAAUCUUCAUUGGCCACCCUAAGGCCAACAAGAUCUAUCAUAACUAUACCUGGAGAUCCUCUCUCGAAGAUAAUCCCGAUGAUGAGUUCGAAAGAUGGAUGGGUGCAUACUACGAACAGCCAGGCCACAAUUUCUUGGGCACCUUGACCAAAGAGAUCGAAGUACCUGAGGAGCUCUUUUACGACACCACCAGAGUGGAAUAUUUGGUGGACGAAAAUGGUGAUCCAAAGGGAAUUAAGGACUCGCCUUUGAUGAUCAAGAAAACCAUAACCAUCGCCACCUUCUUGGAGUACGUCAAGAGUUGGAGUGCUUAUCAUGCGUGGAUGAAGGACCAUGGCCGCAAGUAUGACGUCGCUGAGAGGUUUGUGGACGAAUUGAAGACGGAGAUGGGGUGGACGGACGAUACCAAGGUGGACGUUGUGUGGGACACCAUGUACACGUUUGCGAAACGGAGAGCCUGA